UUUUUUUUAUUUUUUUUUAUAAACUUUAUUAUUCAACACAAAUAGAACAAAUAUGUAUGACAGGAACAAUAGUCAUAACAACAACAAUGUCAGGGGAUGGUACAUGUAUUACAAAAAGAUUACAGAUGCUAUGCAUUGAAAAUAUUCAGAGAAAGACAGGUAAACCAUUUUUCUAGCCAUCUUGUCUUCCUGCCAAUCCCUGUGGCUUUUCUCACGUGACCUCCCAUGUGACGUACAACCACGCCCACUCUUUUGAAUGAGCCACUUCCUGGUUUCAGGAGGAGCGCGUCUGCGUUGAAGUCGGUUGAGGUCCAUUUAGAUCACGAGACACCUGACUUAAUUUAUGUGAAACAUAUUUUCUGUUGUUUAAGAAAACUUUAAAUUAGAAAAAAGGGGCUUCCUGUCAAAAACACAAAAAAAUUGUUAUGUUUCCGCCUAAUUUUGCUUGGGGAGCCGCAACGUCUGCAUAUCAGAUAGAAGGUGGAUGGCAGGCAGACGAGAAGGGACUUAGUAUCUGGGACACCUUUUGUCAUGAGGAAGGCAGAGUGUUUGGAGAGCAGAAUGGAGAUGUGGCCUGUAGCAGCUAUGAGCUGUGGGAGACAGACCUGGCCUGCAUCCAGCAGCUUGGACUGACCCACUAUCGCCUGUCUCUGGCCUGGGCCCGGCUCCUGCCUGAUGGGACCACCAGGCACGUCAAUCAAAAAGGUGUGCAGUACUACAAUAAGGUGAUUGACGAUUUGCUGGCCUGUAACGUGUCCCCUAUGGUCACUCUGUACCACUUUGAUCUGCCGCAAGCUCUCCAAGAUCGGGGCGGGUGGUUAUCACCCAGCAUAGCUACUUUAUUUGAUGACUAUGCAAAGUUUUGUUUCCAGACUUUUGGAGAUCGAGUCAGACUUUGGAUCACAAUCAACGAGCCUUACGUGUGUGCCAAACUAGGCCAUGAGGAUGGCAUCCACGCCCCAGGGUUAAAGGAAAAAGGCACCCUCGCUUACGUGGUCGGGCACAACAUGCUCCGUGCUCAUGCCAUGGCGUGGCACAGCUACGACUCCGGGUACAGAGCAGAGCAGAGGGGCGCUGUGUCGCUGGCACUCAACAGCGACUGGUUCGAGCCGCUGGACGGGGACUGCAGCGAGGAUGCUGCCGCCGCCGAGCGUGAGCUCUCAUUCACGCUGGGAUGGUUUGCUUGGCCUGUGUUUGUUACUGGAGACUAUCCGGAGAUGAUGAGAUAUGCCAUUGAUGCACAGAGCUCCAGGCUGGGAUACACUGGUGCCUCAAGGCUGCCAAAGUUCUCAGAGGGUGACCCUGCUGUUUUGGGAACUGCUGACUUUUUUGCGCUCAACUACUACACAUCCCGCAAAGUCAAAGCAGGAGGAGGUCGAGAGCAAACGCUCAGCAUGAAGUGCGACAGAGAUGCAGAGGACGUUUUAGACCCUUCCUGGCCUGUUUGUGGGGUUUCUUGGCUUGCUGUUGUCCCACACGGCUUAAGAAAACUUCUUCAAUACAUUAAGGACACUUUCAGUAACCCUGCUGUCUACAUCACAGAGAAUGGCUUCGCUCAGGCCGGGCCGCUGCAGAUCGAGGAUGCUCAACGCUGCGAGUUUUACAAGAGCACCAUCUUAGAAGUCGCUAAAGCCAUAAAUGAAGACGGGGUCAACGUCUGUGGAUAUUUUGCGUGGUCUCUGAUGGACAACUUUGAGUGGGCCGACGGAUUCAGUGUUCGUUUUGGACUCUUCCACGUGGAUUUCUCUGACUCCAACUUGACCCGAACCAUCUACAGAUCGGGACAAGACUAUGCCCGGACUAUUUCGACUUACAGACCUGGGAAAUGAACACGAAAGGGAAAAACAAAGAAGGUUUAUUAUGGACGAUUCUGGUUCUACACUAACAUUACAAAACCAGACGCUGUUAAAACCUUUGAAUUUAAAAAGGGUUAUGUAUCGAUCAUGGCUAUGUAUGAAUUCCCUCGCUACUGACUUACGGGUCUGCAACACUUAAAGAGUUUGGGCUCAGGAAUCUGUCAAUAAAAAAUAAAUUCAUAAAGACUUAUGCACAAAUCAAACCUUGCAAAAAAAGAAAUUGAACAAAUAUAAAAAAAAAUACGACAUUUGGUUUCACGUUUAACAUGUCUGUUUUGAAUACAACUCUUUUUUUUGUCUUGAAUACAACAUUUCCCCUGUUAAACUGUCAAAAACACGACACUGGCAUAUACAUGGAGUCCAGAAACAUUGAUUCAACUGAGUGAGGAUGCACUUUGAGCCUCAUUUAUUAAACUAAGAUAUAAUUAAACUUUUUAGAAUGUUAUUGAUCACCUGACAGGGAAAUUAUCUUGAUACCAUAUCUGCUGAAUAAUAAUAAAAAAAAAAAGUUAUUUACA